AUGGCGGCGGGGGACGCGGAGCAAGUGCGGUACUGCGGGAGGCUGUCCUACCUCUGCCUCAAGCUCACCCUCAUCAUCUACUCCACCACCUUCUGGGUGAUCGGAGCCCUUGUCCUUGCGGUUGGGAUUUAUGCAGAAGUUGAAAGACAAAAGUACAAAACUCUAGAAAGUGCCUUUCUAGCCCCAGCAAUUAUUUUAAUACUUUUGGGCAUUAUAAUGUUCCUGGUGUCUUUUGUGGGUGUGCUGGCUUCUUUAAGAGACAAUUUAUGCCUUCUUCAAGCAUUCAUGUACAUUCUUGGUAUCUGCUUGCUGAUUGAGCUGACCGGUGGAGUGGUGGCCCUGAUCUUCAGAAAUCAGACAAUCAACUUUUUGAAUGAUAAUAUUAGAAGAGGAAUUGAGAAUUAUUAUGAUGAUUUAGACUUCAAAAACAUAAUGGAUUCUGUUCAAAAGCAGUUUAAGUGCUGUGGUGGAGAAGAUUAUAGAGACUGGUCACAAAAUGUGUACCACAACUGUGCGGCACCAGGACCUCUGGCCUGUGGGGUGCCCUACACUUGCUGUGUCACAAAUAAAACUGACAUUAUCAACACUAUGUGUGGAUACAAAACCAUUGACAAAGAGCGCUUGAGUGUUCAGCAUGUUAUAUAUGUCCGAGGAUGCACAAAUGCGGUGCUUAUUUGGUUUCUGGACAACUACAGCAUCAUGGCUGGCGUGCUGCUUGGCAUAUUGCUACCCCAGUUCCUGGGAGUGUUGUUAUCCUUGCUUUACAUAACUCGGGUGGAAGAUAUCAUCACUGAGCACAAGCUGAGCGAAAGACUGUUUGAAGAAGCGCAGCAGAGCUCUGCCACUGAAUUUGCUGGAGCCGGCUGCUGCAUGUGUUACCCAGGGUGACUUCAGGUGUAUUCAGCUCGAAUGUAGCUGAAAAAAAGGCAAAUCUGCCUGUUGUGGUUUGUGCUGACUGGUACAGACUGUGGGUGCAAUGAAUCAGCCAGCAGACCCAUGGUGGGUUGGCAGCGUGCUGAUACCUCCUUAGCCUCGUCCCUCUCAGUGUGUCUGGACACACCAGAAGGGCUCCGUGCUGCCGACGACGCUGCUGCGGUAUCAUGACACUGCUGGAAGGUGGGCUUGUGGAUCAUUAAAUCUCUUUUGAAUGAUUGCUGAGUGAUAUGCAACCGGGAAAACUGUUCUGGGAAGAUUUGAAUGUAGAUUUCUAGGAAGAGCCUUUGUGUCUUGCGAUGUCGUAUUUAAAUGUUUGCCCUUUCCAACUUUAUUUUCUUACUCUUUCCAAAAAGGAUUUCUUACUGAUCUACAUGGUGAAUAUUAAACAUGUGUUUAAUAAUUUUUUAUGCUAAUCUUGAUGAAUUUACUGACAAUAAUGGAUGUGGUGCUGAAUGCUGUCAUGCUCAGUCUUUUGUGCCUUUUAAUAAUGAGGCAAAUGCCGAUGUCAAAUCAGUCAGGUAAUGCUUGAUGUAUUUUUAAUGCAAUUUAUUACUGUCUUUCUUUUGUAUAAACUUACAGGAUGUUUGAGUCUUGUAUGUACUGUAUUUUUCCCUUUAGUAAAUUAACUAAGUGAUUUAUGAUGUCUUUUGUUGUUGUUGGAGUUCUGUAUGUUGAGAUGUUUCUAAAUUUUAUUCUUGUCGAAAUAAAAAUAAUAUUUUUUUUAAAAA